AUGAAGGGACAGUCUCUGGAGAGAUUCUCUUUCAAUUGGAGCAAAGUGGGAAUUGACGACACACAACCUCCAGCUGAUGACUGCAAGCCCAACAUUCUGACCUUCAAGAGUGUGCGUGAGGAGGACCUGGGCUACUACCAGUGUGAGGUGAAGGAGAUGAAGGCUGGGAAAAUGGUAGUGGUCCUCACUGUCUACAGAGCUCUCUACGAAGAUACGCUCAUGAGUGAAUCAUUGCUAGGAGAAUACUCAGGAGCAGCUGGACAGAAGAGAAGACUGUCAGCUGGGGAGACGUCCAGUGCAAAACACACACGGUCAAUAUCUCCUCAAGGAGAAUGCGCAGGAGUAGCUGGUCAGAAGAGAAAAUUGUCAGCUGGGGAGACAUCCAGUGCAAAACGCACACAGUCAAUAUCUUCUCAAGGAGAAUGCUCAGGAGUAGCUGGUCAGAAGAGAAUGCUACCAGUGCAAACUACACAGGGUCCCAAGCAGAUGACUACUGGUACCCCUGAAUACAAAGCCAUCUGUAGCUGCAGAGUGGUGCUGACAGAUAAGCUCUCUGCAUGCAUCCAAGAUGUAGCUAAACACUUACGUCAGAGUGGAGCACUGACUGACAGACAAUGCCAGACAAUCAUCCAUCAUGAAGACGGUGCUGAGAAGCUCAUGGAUAUGAUCAUUGUCGACGUCAAAGAGCCAGACACCACAUUGGAUGCUUUUUCCGACUUAGUGACAGCAAUAAAAAACAGUGGGAACAAACACUUCCUUACAUUUGUCAAGGAUGUGAUUGAAGAGAAACGAAAAGAGUUCUAUAGAGAAUUGCUCACAGUUCCACCAAGUUUCGUGGCAUCUCAGGAAUAUGACGUCUUCAUCAGCUACAGCCGUGAGGUUGGAACUAUGCGCACAGUAGACACUCUUUUGCGUCCUCCACUGGAACAAGAAGGCCUCACCGUGUUUGUAGACAGAGAUAGAGUUCGUCCUGGGGACAGAUGGCGAUCUGAGAUUGCCUCCGCUAUCAAAACUUGCAAAGCCUUUAUCUGUGUGCUCACUAAACGCUACAUGAGGUCUGUCUACUGCAAUGGAGAGUUGUACGAAGCAGAAGCUCUUCGCAAGCGUAUGUUUCCAGUGGUGUGUGAGGAUGGUUGGAGAGAUGUGCCUGGAGGUGCUCCUGUGAUGGAGGUGGUACAAGAGGUUCAGUAUGUCUCUCUAGUGGCAGAAGACAGCGAGACACAACUGAAAAAACUGGUGCAAAGUAUCAAAACGUCAGUCAGUGCGUAGUACCUGAACUAACUGCACCGUUACACUCUUUAUAGGUAUAGAUCUAUUGUUUUGUUUAAUACCAAACUGCUGUAUUAUUUAUACAUUUUGUAUACAUUUUGUACAUUUCCUAUUUUUUGUAUCUUACCCUUAUCAGGAGUGCAUCAUCUCCUGCCCCUAUCUAUAUAAUUAUGUGUUUAGGCAAUUGCAACAUG